AUGAUUAAAUUUCAAAGAGGAUUUUUGAAGCAGCGUCAUGCUGCCAUUUCUAUAGGAAGGAAUUUAUGUCGGAGAGGUCCUCUCCAUUGUAAUUCUGUAAAUAGUAAGAAAGAUCAUGAUCGGAGGAGGUUUUCAGGAAAUGUCAAUGAAAAUGGUGAUCAUAAUAAUGGUGAGAAAAAAGCAGAAGAAUAUCUUGUCAAGCAACAUACUUCAUGGUUUUUGAAACAAUCCGAUAAGGAUGAACAUUUAAAAAAGGAAACAAUUCUUCAUCGUCGAUUGCUACGAAAAUUAAAUACAGAGGAAAUUCAUCAAUUAACUACUGAUGCCAGUAAUGAUAGUGAAAAUAAUAGGUCGCUAGAUGUCAGUAGAUUGGAUAACAUCAUCCUCUCAUCAUCAACCAAUUCAUCUUCAAAAUUUAAAUUUCUUUUAAAUAAUUGGAGACGACGAGCACUACGUGUGUUUUUACCAAAGAAUUUUCCAGAAUCCGUAAAUGAUGGAUAUUUACAUUAUUGUAAAUGGCAAGCUUUACAAUAUAUUACUGGCAGUUUUUCUGGAGUACUGUCCAUGCAAUCAUUACUUCAUGCUGCUGGAAUUACGUCACAAAUUGCGACUACAUCCAGUAGUUUUGCAUUGGCUGUUCUUGGAGGAGCGUUGGCAUGGGUCAUUAAGGAUGGAUUAGGUCAGCUUGGAGGAAUAUUAUUUGCGAGCAAGGUCAAUACAAACUUUGACGCAGAUCCAAAAUUUUGGAGAAUGACUGGAGAAUAUGCACUCGUUGCAAGUGCGCUUUUGGAAGUAACAACACCAUUGACAGGACCAAGUUGGUUUAUUGCACAAGCUAGCAUUGCAAAUAUUGGCAAAAAUGUGAGUUGCUUUUCGGCCAGCGCCACGAGGGCCGCAAUGAAUCAGUCAUUUGCCAAAUCUGAUAAUCUUGCAGAUGUGACUGCCAAAGCUACAAGUCAGGCUUUGGCAAGCUCGCUUAUUGGAACUACUUUGGGUAUUUUGUAUAGUUCUGCAGUCUCAUUGGCUCAAUUUAGCUUUGUCAAAGUAUUUCCUGUAUUUUGUGUGCUCUCUGUCUUGCAGCUAUUUUCUCUCUACAAAGCUGCCUCAAUCGUUCGACUGAAAGUUUUGAACAAGCAAAGAUUUGUCCUCGUUUGUUCCCAGUACCUUAAAGAUGGAAGAAUUCUAAAUCCCACUCAAAUAUCACUAAUGGAAAAGUUUGUUUUCCCUUUCUUUGAGAAAUUUCAAAAAGUUAAAAUCAACACCAAUAUUGAAAAGAUUGAACAGUUAAUGAAUAAGAGUAAUUAUGAAGAAAUUUUUCACUCAAGAUACACUAUUAUUGAAGAAGGAAAUCGUAUUCAUAUUCUAUUUGCACACAAUGCACAAACAAUUGAUGUAUUUAGAGGAAUGUUUAGAGCGACUCAAUUAUUGACGGACAACAACACGACCUCUGAGUCCUUGAAUUUUGACAAUUUCGUACAAGCUCUUUCUGAGAAUGGUUGGUCCAUUGAUCAUGAUUUUGUCGAAGAUAAUACUCAUAUGCGAAUUUUCUUAACUCAUAACACGCAUGGAACAUGUCCAAAUGGUCCCUAA